UCCAAAUUCCACACUAGUAAAAUACAAACAUGAACUAAAAUUCAGGUUAAAUCACUCAGAGUUGGCAAUAUUAACUAUAGUUCCCUGGCUAAUAAAUGAAAUAAUUUCUUUAUUCUGGUAGCCUGAGGAAAGAGUAAAAAGAUGAUUUCUCAGUAUUUCCAGAAGUUUCCAAACAACACAUAAAGGUGGUCUUAAAAUAUAUAAUUUUUUAAUUUGUUUUUCCACUUGUCUAUGAUUAAUAUGUCCAGAUUUAAAGGAAAAACUAAAUGAUCUUAUAAAUAAAGCUAUGAAAUAAAAGUAUAGCACUUUACUAGGAAAAAAGGUGGAAUGCUAUUUAACAGAGUAUUUUAUAUAUGACUUUUGUCAGCAUUCUAUAUUUUUUUGCUUAAUUCUUUUCUUGUUAACCAGAGUUAUUUUCUAUUUAAAAUAAUCCUGUUGGACAACAGAUACUACCCAAUAUUUAUUACAACAUACAAGUUUUGUUGUUUCACAAAACUGAAUUUUUCAUGACAUGGUGUCUUACCAAUAAGACUACCAAGGAGGCGGGGGGGGAAAGACAACCUAUAUUUUCUUGAUUUAAAAUUAAAACUCUGGGCAGAGAAUAUAGAUUGGAAUGUCCCAUAUUCAGUUUGGGGAAAUCAGGUUUGUUAAAAACAAUACCAUGGUUUUAGAAGUCUGUACUAGCAACAUUUUCCAGAUACAUUUUUUAUAUUUCAGGUGUAAUGAAGUGCAUUUUUAUUUGAACAAUAAAAAAAAAAAACAAAAACAUACUUUGAGACCGUGCAGGUCUUUUUUUUCUUUUUGAAAACAUAUGGUAUGUGUAUAUGCAGACUACAUGAUGUAUUUCUUUCCUUUCAUUCUUUUAAGAAAUGACUUAACUCUUGAAAGUAACACUUGGGUUAGUUCAUACCUUAAACACAGAAACACGUAAUAUCUCAAUUAUUAUGUAAUCUGUUUAUACCAACCAUCCCAUUUUAGAGAUGAUUCUGUUUACCAGUCUCAAAAAUAUGCCCUUUCAACAUAUAUUUUUAUUCACAAAAAAUUGAUUUUAGUGUUUAUGUGAAAGAAAUUUUCCUGUUUCCCAUUAGUGUAAAUUAAAAUCAUUUUUAUUUUAUUAUCAAUUGAAAAUUAUUUCUGGUAAAUUACUAUGCUUAUUUCAUAGCUAAUUUUCUCAGGAAAAAAAGGUAAAUAGCUUAUUAAUCCUUUUCUUUAGACUCAAACUACCUAAAUAAUUGGAUAAUUAUUUGUCACAGCGUAUUAUUCACUUUAUUUUUAUAACAGUACAAAGUGUUGGAAUAAACAGGGAAACUCAAGAUGAUAGAACUCUUCAGAUCCUUGAUUUAUUCAGCCUAUUUUCACUUUGAUGUUUUUCAGAAACAGUCCCACAGAUCUGGCAUUACAGACCACUUUAAUCAUACUAAAACGUUAAGUAACAAAAUUUUAAAUCAGACUUUAAAAUGGUUAAAUCUUAAAAGGACAAUUCACUUUUUAAUUAAUAUAUUCAUUAUUCCAUUUUCCCAAUUUUUACUCUAGACAAAUGAAUCAAUCCAGAUGUCUUACACUUUUAAUAUUUGGUAUAUUUACAAUAUAUUUUGUAAAUUCUGGAUGCCCCUGAAUUUACAAAUAUUGUAAAUAUUUAUCCCAUUAAUAAAUGCUUGUUAAGAACAAGUCACAACAGUUAACUCAGGUGGCUGGAACUUAAGAUGAAAAUAUUAGUGCUUUAAUAUUACUAGGUUAUACGUCUCAAUUACAAAAUACAGACUUUGGGUAAGUGAAUAUAGAGAAAACUGUGCCACUGGCUUUGACAUAAAUAAGAAUUCCUUUAUAAUGCUACAGUUGCAGUACAGGACUAACAGCUGGGUUUCACAUUAGACUUCUAUCUUUAAAUGAAUUCACACUUGUGAAAAACAAAAGCCAACUUUGCAUGUUCAAGAUGGAAGAACCAAUGAUAAGAAAAAUUAUAUUAGAGGAUGUUUUAGAGGAAUAAAAAAAGCCAAUUCUACGCUAGGCGGCUUUGGUUUUCAAAAGUAAUGCCUUAAAAAAAUUAAGACAAAGACAUUAAACCUAAAUCUGAUUCCAGUAGUUCCACUUAAAGAACUACUCAUGAAAAUAUCUUUUAAAGCUUUUUUUUUUUUUAUCAAACAUUGCAAAAGGCAUAUUUGGGAAAUGAGAAAUUUAAAUGACUACAUGAUAAUAAUAGCCUAUAUUCAAAUUUCAAACCACAAUGAAUAAGAAUUUCAGAGGCUGCAGAAAGAAUGUAAUAUACAGUCUGUUUUUAAGAAGCUUAAAGUUGAGACAUAAAAUAGUGUUGACAACAGUAAAUAUUAAAGACAGGAAUAUGCUAAUUAUAAAUACUGAACAUUUAAGAUAGUAUGUUGUACAAGUUCAUUUGCAAGUUGUUAGGGUUGACAUAUAAAUGAUUUUAAUUGGUUGCUUUGCUCAAUAUAUAUAAGGUCAUUUUAUAUUGUACUGUGUAGCUCAAAAGAUAGAAGAUACCACAAUGUUGGAUGACCAGUACAUACACAUUAGUGAUAACAAUUUACUAUUGUAAAUUAUGGUUUUAUCUUUGAACAUUCUCUACCAAAUUCUGAUUCUCGGCAUUAUAUGGAUUAAGAAAUGUGUGUGUGUGCCCAUGGGUGUAAUAUUAGCAGAAAUUAAAUAUACAUUUUAUUUAUACUAUUCAAACUUUUAAAACAAUGGAACACUUUUUUCAAUUAGAGUAUGUCACUUCAAUAUAUAGCAGAAAAGGUGUAGCUGCAUUUGCAGAAGAGGCCCCCAGUCUUCACCCACAAUAUGAGUCUUAGGAUCUGAGGAAUAGUUUGAAAACUCUUGGUUUAAAUUUUAUGAACAGUGAGUCCAUAAAUACAGUUUAGGUUUUUUUUUUUUUAAUCAACUUCCCCUCCUUGUCCUGGAUAUUAAGCAGUCAGUCUCUAGGCUACUUGCCACUGUAGAAGGGCCAGUUCUCAAUGUCAUCAGUUCUCCGGAAAUAAGGGAAUGCUGCAGCACAGACUCACUUCAUUACUUUCACAGUCUUUAGGUGAAGAAAUUUCCAUUUAAAACAAUCUCCGUGUUAAAACAGUAGUCAGUAGCUACUGAUUGUUUUUUAACUUAAAUGGGUAGGAAAAUAGAUUGGUGGGCUUUUUCUUUUAAAAAGGAGAAAGUCUGCAAAUAGCGUAUCUUGGUGUGGAAGAUGCCUUCCUGAAGCUAGAGAAAAGUAUCUCCUACCCUGCACAGAGAGGCAGAACAGUAGCUGCAGUUUGACAUUAGUCUAAUGUUAGCUGCCAUUAAGUUGACCCCCAACUCAUGACGACCCAAUGCACAACUGAAUGAAAUGCUGCCCUCUUCUACAUCCUCAUGAUGGGUCAGGGAUCAGACGGUUAUGAUCUGUAGGGUUUUCAAUGGCUAAUUUUUAGAAGAUUGGCAGGUCUUCCUUCCUAGUCUCUCUCAGACUGGAAGCUCUGCCAAAACCUGUUCAACAUAAUAGCAACAUGCAAGCAAAGCCUCCCUUGACAGAGGGGUGGUGGCUGCUCAUGAGGUGCAUUGGCCAGGAAUGAAUUGGAGGCUUUCUUAAAAUUCCAACAUUUUAUUUCCCUCAACACAUUUUGGCCUCUUGGUCUAGGGGUGACCCUACUAUGAAGUAACUACUCCAUGUCGUUCCAAUCCAUUUGCUGUUGUCAAAAACACAAAACUGAAAACUAUAUAGUCCCCUUAAAUUUUGCCGUAUUCCUUUUAACCAGAGACACCCAGUUCUGUUGUUCAUGCUCUUUAAAGCUUACAUAGGAUACAUGUUAACUCUAAGUAUUCACCAUGCUGCCAGUGACCGUACCCUUAAAUCAGGAAAUGGUUCUUUACCCGUAAGGUAAGAUCUUUGGUCCUAUUAAUAAUGGAACAUAAAACAUUUAGGAAAACUCAGUUUGCAGGUGGGGUUGAACCCACUAUCUGGAACAUACAGCCCAGUUACAUAUUCAGACGACAGGCUGAAUUAUGCCCAGUGCCUAAAGGAUGUUGAUUAAAACUCAUCAUCAGCCACACGCUGCUCUCCAAUCCUAGAAUGAUCCUCGGCUUUCAGCAACGUGUUGAUCUUUAGGCACUGUAAUCCAUAAUAAUCCCUAGCAGAAACAAUCGGCGUGCACCUGAAGUGGCAGGGCCCGCUUUCUGGUUACAAAAGCCAUCCACCAAAGUUUAAUUUCACCACAAAGGACACAACCAGUUUAAAGGAAAAAGAAUGCAAAGGCACACGCUGAAGACUGCCCUCAUAAUGCGAGAACUUCCGGAAGAACGUCCCUCCACGCCCAGGGCAGCAAGGCCUCCACUGGGCUCUGAAACGUCACUCCCGCCUCUGAGGAGCUCCACGCCAACAGGAGGAAUGUUUCGUGGGUGGGCAGGCCUGCCCAGAGCUGCAUUUGAAAGGCGGGACUUCCCUAACUCUUGCGUCAUUCCUAGUGCGACGGAAGACGUCAUUGUCUUAAAGCGGAAGGUCAAUUGUGGUUACGGGCAGACGGGCGCGCACGCACUUUACGCUCCUGGUGUCGGCAGAGCAGGCGUGGGGCGCCUCGGCCGAGAGCUGCGAAGUGGUCCUUUGUGAGGCUGGAGUCCUGGUGUCCGCCCCGGCUCCGACAUGCUAUGCCGGCUCGACCGUCGGUGGCUGCGGCGUCUGCCCGUCCUACAGCUCGGGACGCAGGUCCUGCCGCUUGCUCCAGCCCCAACGGGCGGUGCCGAGCGCCCUGCUCUCCCAGCGUGGGCGGCGGCUUCAUUCUCUACGGGUGGCGCCAGCGGCUGGUACGAGGCCGUGGCUGCGUCCGCGCCGGUGCGGGGCGCGGAGGAAGUGCUACUUAGCGCGCACGCCGCCUCGGGCCUGCCGUGGUGGGGCAGCAUUCUCCUCACCACCGUGGCCUUGCGCGGCGCUGUAACGCUGCCGCUGGCCGUCUACCAACACUACAUCCUAGCCAAGGUGGAAAAUUUGCAGCCAGAAAUAAAAAGUAUUGCCAGCCAUCUUACCCAAGAAGUUACAGUUUGUGCUAAUCAGUUGGGAUGGUCCAAAAGAGUUGCCAGGCUCACUUAUCUCAAGCAUAUGCGGAGGCUUGUUUCAGAGCUGUAUGUCCGGGAUAACUGCCACCCUUUCAAAGCCACUGUGUUGGUCUGGAUUCAGUUUCCAACGUGGAUCUUCAUAUCUGUUGCCCUCCGGAAUUUUAGCAUGGGGGCGGCGCAUUCAGAAGGCAAUUAUUAUACAAGUUUUUCUGUUCAGGAGCAGUUAGCUACCGGUGGGGUUCUGUGGUUUCCUGACCUCACUGCGCUGGAUUCUACUUGGAUUCUGCCUAUAUCCGUUGGUGUCAUCAAUUUAUUAAUAGUGGAGAUUUUUGCUCUGCAAAAAAUCGGAAUAUCUCAUUUUCAGAAGUAUGUCACGUACUUUGUCCGCGGAAUAUCAGUGUUGAUGAUUCCAGUUGCUGCAACAGUACCUUCACCCCACGCCCAGCGUCAAGGCUCCCCUACUGGGACGGUGCACUCUCAACUCCAAAAUCAGUCGCUGCCUCCCGGGGACUUCUCGUCUCUCCAGCCGCGUGGCCGUGCCGCCCCCGUGAACCAGAUAACCCAGGGGAGCUUGCAAAACCGCCUUAAGGACCUGAGGAGAGAACAGAACAUGGGGAGAAGAUUUUCCAGGAAGAUCUGUGCCAGACUCCAGAGGGCCAAGAAUUUCAUUAAGAAGUUGUUAGAUGCCGUCGAGUCGGCUCCGACUCAUAGCGACCUUAUGCACAACAACGAAACACUGCCUGGUCCUGCGCCAUCCUUAGAGUCAUGGUUAUGCUUGAGCUCAUUGUUGCAGCCACUGUGUCAGUCCACCUCGUUGAGGGUCUUCCUCUUUUCCGCUGACUCUGUACUCUGCCAAGCAUGAUGUCCUUCUCCAGGGACUGAGCCCUCCUGACAACAUGUCCAAGGUAUGUAAGACGCAGUCUCGCCAUCCUUGCUUCUAAGGAGCAGCCUCUAGAAAUGAAGACAAAACUAUCCAGCACACACGCACACAUACACACACAC